CAAGGUGUCAAAGUGAAUUUGCGAAGCACGGUAGAUAAACCAAAUAUGUUAGUGUAGCGACAACCUGUGGUAUUCAUAAAUACAUGUUAUUUAGUAUUAAAAUACAACAUUGGCGCUAUUCUGAAUCAUUUGAGCGUCAUCUGCAUUGACCGAGUAAAACCAACGUCAUCAUCCAAACAAGGGGAGUCGUCGAGAGGGUUUUAUAUUGACACAAUCUGAGGCGUGACGCCGCUCUGAAGACCCAGAGCCGCAGGACACUCGCUGGUGUCCAGAGAUGGAGCUAGCACACAGCCUGCUGCUGAAUGAAGAUGCCCUGGCCCAGAUCACUGAGGCCAAGAGGCCAGUCUUCAUCUUCGAGUGGCUUCGUUUCCUAGACAAGGUCCUUGUGGCUGCAAACAAGGUGGACGUGAAGGAGAAACAGAAGAAGCUGGUGGAGCAGCUGACGGGUCUGAUCAGCAGUGCUCCCGGGCCGCCCACCCGUAAGCUGCUGGCCAAGAACCUGGCCACUCUCUACAGCAUCGGAGACACCUUCACCGUCUUCCAGACGUUAGACAAGUGUAACGACAUCAUCAAGAGCAAAGAUGACACUCCGGCCUACCUACCAACUAAACUUGCUGCCGUGGCAUGUGUGGGGGCCUUCUACGAGAAGAUGGGCAGGAUGCUGGGCAGCUCGUUCCCCGAAACCAUCAACAACCUCCUAAAGGCAUUAAAGAGUGCAGAGUCCCAGGGGCGUGGAGAGAUCCUGCUCAGCCUCCAGAAGGUUCUCCAUGGGCUGGGUGGAGCUGCCGCGUCCUGCCACCGGGACAUCUAUAAGAAUGCCCGCUCCCUGCUCACAGACCGCUCCAUGGCUGUCCGCUGUGCUGUGGCCAAGUGUCUGCUGGAGCUCCAGAACGAGGCUGUGUUUAUGUGGACUACGGAGCUGGAGAACGUGGCCACUCUGUGCUUCAAGGCCCUGGAGGGCUCCAACUACGGCGUGCGGGUGGCCGUCUCCAAGCUGCUGGGCACCGUCAUGGCAACCGCGCUCAUGCCCAAGCAGGCAGCAGUGAUGCGUCAGAACGUGAAGCGUGCCACACUAGAGGAAGUGCUGGAGCUGAUGGCCACGGGCUUCCUGCGCGGCGGCUCCGGCUUCCUGAAGAGCGGGGGGGAGAUGCUGAAGGGUGGGGGCUCAGUCAGCAGGGAGGUGCGAGUGGGGGUCACACAGGCGUACGUGGUGUUUGUGACCACGCUGGGCGGCCAGUGGCUGGAGCGCAACUUCGCCACCUUCCUGUCUCACGUGCUGGAGCUGGUGGCUCACCCGCGGGCCACGCAGACGCACGUGGAGGCCGUGUACUCGCGCCGCUGCGUCUCCUUCGCCCUGCGCGCCACCCUGGGCGGCCUGCUGGGCGAGAAGGCACAGAUCGCCGCCGCCAAGGAGAUAUGCCAGGCCAUCAGCAAGCAGAUGAGGGCUGUGGGUAAGGAGGGAGAGGGGGCUCCUAGUGGCGGUGGGGGGGAAGCACAGGUGUCCAGGCUCAGAGCACUGCAGAAAGCGGUGGUGAAUGACUCCAGUGGCGAGAACAAGGCAGGCGCCGCGGACGUGUCUGCCAGCCAGCACGUGAUGGUGUGUGCCCUGAAGGAGCUGGGCAGCCUGGUGCAGAGCCUCAGUGCCACCUCCUCACCCCUCAUACAGGAACCCUCCAUAGGUCUUCUGGAAACAGUGACCUCGGUGCUGCUGCACCCCAGCAUGGCGGCUCGUCUGGCCGCGGCCUGGUGCCUGCGCUGCGUUGCCGUGGCGCUGCCCUAUCAGCUGACGCCGCUGCUGGACCGCUGUGCCGAGCGCAUCAACAACCUCAAGAGCUCGCCAGAGGCCGUCAGCGGGUACAGCUUCGCCAUGGCCGCCCUGCUCGGAGGGAUACACCAGUGCCCGCUUGGCAUCCCUCACGCCAAGGGAAAGAUGGUGGUCAGUAUAGCGGAGGACCUGUUGCGUACGGCGUCCCAGAACAGUCGCCUGUCUCUGCAGCGCACUCAGGCAGGAUGGCUGCUCCUGGGGGCCCUCAUGACUUUGGGGCCGUCAGUGGUGCGCUACCACCUGCCCAAGAUGCUGCUGCUGUGGAGGAACGUGUUCCCGCGCUCCCAGAAGGAGCUGGAGGCAGAGAAGGCACGAGGAGACUCCUUCACCUGGCAGGUCACACUGGAGGGACGCGCCGGGGCACUGUGUGCCAUGCGCAGCUUUGUGGCCCACUGUCCUGAGCUGCUGACCGAGGACGUCAUUCGCAGACUCAUGACCCCCAUCGAGUGUGCCAUGACCAUGAUGUCACAUGUGCCGGCGGUCAUUAAGGUGCACGGUGCCCAUCUGAAGGCCAGCGCUGCCAUGGUGCGCCUGAGGCUCUAUGACAUCCUGGCUCUUCUGCCACCUAAAACCUACGAGGGAAGUUUCAACGCUCUCCUGAGGGAGCUGGUGGCGGAGUUCACGCUGACCGACAACUCUGCCAACACCACCACCUCGCUGCUGCGCUCCCUCUGUCACUAUGACGACAGUGUCCUCAUGGGCUCCUGGCUACAGGAGACGGACCACAAGUCCAUCGAGGACCAGCUGCAGCCCAACAGCGCUUCAGGCAGCGGUGCCCUGGAGCAUGACCCCUCCUCUAUCUACUUGCGCAUCCCUGUGGGGGAGGUCAUCCCCGGGCCCCUCCCACUGGGCGUGUCCGUCAUUGACGCCUCUGUGGCUCUCUUUGGAGUGGUCUUCCCUCACGUCUCCUUCAAGCACAGGCUGCAGAUGCUGGACCACUUUGCCGAGUGCAUCAAGCAGGCGAAGGGGGUUCGACAGCAGGCCGUCCAGCUCAACAUCUUCACAGCAGUGCUGAGUGCCCUCAAGGGCCUGGCGGAGAACAAGAGUUCUCUGGGGCCGGAGGAGGUGCGCAAGUCUGCCCUGGCGCUGGUGAUGGGGGCGCUGGAUAACCCCAACCCCAUCCUGCGCUGCGCUGCUGGGGAGGCCCUGGGCAGGAUGGCACAGGUGGUGGGGGAGGCCACCUUCAUCGCACGCAUGGCGCAGGACAGCUUCGACAAGCUGAAGUCUGCGCGUGACGUGGUGUCCAGGACGGGCCACUCCCUGGCCCUGGGCUGCCUGCAUCGCUACGUGGGGGGCAUCGGCUCCGGUCAGCACCUGAAGACCAGCGUCAGCAUCCUGCUGGCCCUCGCCCAGGACGGCAGCUCACACGAAGUACAGACCUGGGCGCUGCACUCCUUGGCUCUGAUCGUGGACUCGAGCGGGCCGAUGUACCGCGGCUACGUGGAGCCCACGCUGUCGCUGGUGCUGACCCUGCUGCUGACGGUGCCUCCCUCCCACACCGAGGUGCACCAGUGCCUGGGCCGUUGCCUGGGGGCCCUCAUCACCACCGUGGGGCCAGAGCUGCAGGGUAACGGUGCGACCAUCUCGACUAUCCGCUCGUCGUGCCUCGUGGGCUGUGCCAUCAUGCAGGACCACUCGGACUCUCUGGUGCAGGCGGCCGCCAUCUCCUGCCUGCAGCAGCUGCACAUGUUCGCCCCCCGACACGUCAACCUGUCCAGCCUCGUGCCCUGCCUCUGUGUUCACCUGUGCAGCUCCCACCUGCUGUUGAGGCGUGCGGCAGUAGCCUGUCUGAGGCAGCUGGUGCAGAGGGAGGCAGCAGAGGUGUGUGAAUACGCCAUGAGCCUGGCCAAGAAGGCUGGGGACACCAAGGACAGCAGCACCAUCAACCUGAACAUCACGGAGACGGGUCUGGAGGGGGUGCUGUUCGGCAUGCUGGACCGGGAGACGGACCGCAAGCUGUGCUCGGACAUCCACGACACCCUGGGACACAUGCUGUCCUCCCUGGCCGUGGGCAAGCUGCCGCACUGGCUCAAGCUCUGCAAGGGCGUGCUGGCCGCUACCACAGACGUGGGAGGUGCGGUGGGCUUCGAGCGGGACAUCGGUAAAGAGGAGGAUGACUCGGAGAAGAAGGACGAGAUGGACGACGACACCAUGUUCACCACGCUGGGCGAGGACGACAAGUCCAAGCCCUCUGUCGCCCCCCGCUGGGUGACACGCGUCUUUGCGGCCGACUGCCUCUGCCGCAUCAUCCACCUGUGCGAGAACGCCGACAAGGCCCACUUCGACCUGGCCACCGCCCGCUCAGCCAAGGCCAAGAACCCCAAAGGUGACCUGUUGGUGCUGCACCUGUCGGACCUGAUUCGCAUGGCCUUCAUGGCGGCCACGGACAACAGCAACCAGCUGCGCAUGGCCGGCCUGCAGGCCCUGGAGGACAUCAUCAAGAAGUUUGCCGCCGUGCCCGAACCCGAGUUCCCGGGACACGUCAUCCUCGAGCAGUACCAGGCCAAUGUUGGGGCUGCACUGCGGCCCGCCUUCUCCCCCGACACUCCGUCUGAUAUAACCGCCAAGGCCUGCCAGGUGUGCAGCACCUGGAUUGGCAGUGGCGUGGUCAGCGACCUGAAUGACCUGCGGCGCGUCCACAACCUGCUGGUGUCGUCUCUGGAUAAGGUCCAGGCCGGCAAGGGCUCCUGCAGCCAGCUGUACAGCGAGAGCGCCACCACCAUGGAGAAACUGGCCGUGCUCAAGGCCUGGGCCGAGGUGUUCGUGGUGGCCAUGAAGAUUAAGAAGGAGGCGGAGUCUCGGCCGGCGCGUCCAGUGCAGGGAGGCGAGGACGAGGAGGACGAAGACGCGGGCGAGGAGACGGGCAUCCUGCCUCCAGACAGCCUGAUCACCCUGGUGACGCCCGAGCUACCCGCCCUCAGCCGCCUGUGGCUGGCCGCGCUCAGGGACUAUGCUCUCCUCACGCUGCCCUCGGAGUUCGCCAGCCAACUGCCCCCUGAUGGUGGGGCCUUCUACACUCCGGAGACCAUAGACACGGCUCGCCUCCACUACCGUAACUCUUGGGCCCCCAUCCUGCAUGCCGUGGCCCUCUGGCUCCACAGCACCGGGUUUGGCUCUAGCGAGGGCUGCGAGGACCCCCCCUCGGCCCCUGCCAAAGGAGGGCCCGGGGCCCCUGCGGUGUUCCCCCCGGGUGGCCCCCAGGUCCCAAUCAAGAGCCAGGAGGAGCUGGUGAAGGACCGCAUGCACCUGCUGCUAGGCAUCAGCAUUGAGUUCCUGUGUUUCCCCCGUCCUGAGGAGCCCAUAGAGCACGUCAUGUCCUGCCUGCAGGCACUCUGCACCCUUCUGGACUCGCCCUGCGCCCGCAAGCACAUCGCUGAGGACCAGUUACUGGCUGUGGAGCUUCUGAACGUGAUGCACCGGCUGCUGUUGACGUGCGACCCCCCCACCGUGCAGCUGCAGGUGACCAGAGUGGUGACGCAGACCAUCAGAGCUGCACUGGACCACCUGCAGGCACAACGCAAAGACUCCAGUGGUGAGGAGGGAGGGGAGAAGGAGUCCAGCUGUACCCUGGGCGAGGGUGGCGACGGCGGGGAGCUGCUGCCCGGCAAGUCCCUGGUCUUCGCCGCCAUGGAGCUGCUGGUCUUCAUCCUGAUGCGCCACCUGCCGCAGCUGAACGUGCGCGCCUGCGAGGCCUCGCCCAGCCACAUGCCCUACCGCGCCCAGAGCCUGUCCCCGGACAGCACGCGCCUGGUGGCCGCCACCGUCGCCAUCCUCGCCGAGCUGCCGCAGCUGUGCUCCCCUGCAGGCAGCAUGACCAUCCUGCCCACGGUGCUGUUCCUGAUCACGGGGGUGCUGCGGGAGACGGCGCUGAAGACGCCGGAUAACUCUGUGCCCGUGCCCGUCUCGGCCGCCCUGCAGGGCAUCAAGACCAUCAUCACCUCGCCACUGGCGCGGGCAGAGAAGACACUCACGCAGUGGACCAACCUGGUCAGGAGCAGCCUGGCCUCAGUGCUGGAGUACGCGCAGCCUGAUGAGUCUCGGCCCAAUGUGGACGAGGUGAGCAUGCUGACAGCCAUCACGCUCUUCCUGCUGUCAGCCAGUGCCGAGCUGCUGGGGGUCACCACGCUCCAGAACGGCUGCAUGGACCGCUUCCGCAACGCACUCAAUUCCAGUGACCCCUGGGUGCAGGCCCGCUGCUACCAGCUGCUGCUGUCGGUGUUCCAGCACUCGAGUCGCGCCCUCUCCACGCCGUACAUCCACGCGCUGGCCCCGCUCCUGGUGGAGAAGCUGAAGGCGGUGGAGCGCAGCAGGCCCGGCACCCCGGCGGAGCUGCAGGCCGUCCAGGAGGGCGUCAAGGUCCUGGAGAACCUGGUGACCAUGGGGGAGGAGCAGAACCGCGUUCAGCUGCUGGCUCUCCUGGUCCCCACCCUGGUGUCAUACCUGCUGGACGAGAACGCCUUCUCCUCAGCCACGCCGGCCUCCAAGGGCUUGCACAACUUCGCCCUGCAGGACCUGAUGCGCAUCGGGCCACUCUACCCGGCCGGUUUCAAGACGGUGAUCGGGGCGGCGCCAGAGCUCAAGAGCCGGCUGGAGACGGCCAUCCGGGCCAACCAGGCUAGCAACAAGGCCAAGGCGGCGGCCAGGCAGGCCCAGCCCACGGUGCAGGCCGCACCCACCAUCAAGCUCAAGACCAGCUUCUUCUGAAGAGGAGGCUGUCGCCCACCAUGAAGUUCAAGACCAGCUUCCUCUGAGGAGUACAGACUGUAUCUAGUAGACCAGCCUCUGAGGAGAAAGACGAGAAGGAGGAGGAGGCGUUUGCCCACCAUCAAGUUGAAGACCAACUUCCUCUUACUACAAGUACUUGGUUCACUACUAGAGGUGUCAAAAAUCCGGUUCAGAAAUAAAAACCUUGUCACAGUUUCCUUCCAACACAGAUGACUUCACUGAUGUCAUUGGUACCUGUCUUGGGUUCUCAUGAUCAGCUGAGUCAGAGCUGGUUGGAUCAAAUUGGUGGCAGGGUUUUUUUUUUACUUUUUGAACCCUGGACUGACGCUUCUUUUCGCUACUCUGCAUUGUUUUUAUGUUGUUGCUGUGUUUUACUUUCCUGGCGUAAACUGGAUUCUUUUCCCGUGCACAUGUACUGUACGAGUGUGUUUUGACAUUCCUCUGGGCUUUAGAAAGUAAUAAUAUAUUAUGUGUAAAUAUGGAACAAAGGGCCUUUUUAAUAUAGAACGACAGAGGAUGUAUGAAGUGGAGCAGUUUCCCAUAUGCACGUGGCAUUAAACUUAUUAAAGGGAGUUUUAUUGUGGAAUCUCCUUUUCAGUUCCAGAAUGUUCUUUUUCCCCCCCUCAACUACAACAGAGUUGUGCACUGCAUUAUGAACUGUAAUGAGUAGAGUGUUUCUGCAACGUGUGUAUGAAACCACUGUAUCACGAUGAUGUACUUGUUUUUGUUUUUGUUUUUUUCUCCUUGCAAUGAAUCACUGACCCGUUAAAGUUUAAUUGUCACUGUAUGUUGUUUUUCUGCUUUUUUUUUUUUUCUUUUACCUCGUUUGUACAUGUAAAGGCCUCCUUGUUUUAUCUGUCCUAUUUAGAUGCCUUAUGUUUGCUUUUCCAGCCAUUCCUGAGUUACUCUUUUAAAAAAAUAAAUUGUACAGGCAGGCAACCACAAACAACGUAGUCAGGCAUAGUUAGUCUGUAACUUUUGUAUGGGGACAGACUUGGGCAAUUUUACCAAGAACAAAUAUCUUGAACAGAUUAUGGAAAAGCCUGUUUACAGACUCUUCUGUCAUUCAUUUUCAUACAGUUUUACGUCAGCGAGUUGCCUUUGUUCUGUAUUAUACUGGCCAGUGUCAGUGCAGCCUUUAUUUGUCAGUUAAACCAAGAUCUAAGAUGAAUUUGGAUAAGGCUCUCCAUGGCUACACACUAAAUGAGCACUUAAAAAGUGUAACAAUGAUCAUGCAUCAAAAGCAAAGAAUAAGUUUGCACUUUGUCUUUUGCUUUAUUGUUUGUUUUGCUGUUUCUUGGACCAGAAUGUGAAAUAAAUAAGAACUGCACAACCAAUGAUGGCUUUGAAAACUAA